CCUGUGUAAUCCUGGGUGAGACGGUAUUUAUAUCUAUUUAGGUCAGUUAUUAUUGCUGCAAAGUAGGGCACAUUUAUCUGUUAUCAUACUGCUAGCUGGUCGAUCAGGCAGUAGACAUGUCUACACUCAAGGCCACCGUUUUACUUCGUAAUUUUCGGUACCCCAGAAUACUUUCGGGGUGGAGACAAAAACUUUCGAGACCAGUUGCUGGUUGUGCUAUUCACACCAGUGACAAGGAUUCGUGCAGUAUCCCUCAGUCACAUCCUGACGGUGAGGCUUCAUUGCGCCAGUAUGGUGGAGCAUUCAAGAGUGCCAGAGACAGACCUGAGGAGUUCUGGGGCGAGUGUGCUGAGGGGAUUACCUGGACAAGGAGGUGGGACAAGGUCUUGGACGCUUCAAACCCUGUCUUUCCCAAAUGGUUUCCUGGGGGAGAACUAAGUGUGUGCUACAAUGCAGUAGAUCGCCAUGUAGACAAUGAUUUAGGGGAUGAGGUUGCUAUUAUUUAUGACAGUCCUGUCACUGGUGCUAAGAGAACUUACACGUACAGAGAGGUUCAGUAUGAGAUUUCCCGCCUUGCCGCAGUCCUGGUCAAACAUGGUGUUAAGAAAGGAGAUCGCGUCUUAAUCUACAUGCCGAUGAUCCCACAGGCAAUGUUCGCGCAGCUAGCAACGGCCCGUAUUGGUGCUAUUCACUCCUUAGUGUUUGGGGGCUUUGCCUCCAAGGAGCUGUCGACAAGGAUCAACCAUGCAGAGCCCAAAGUCAUCUUAAGCGCAAGUUGUGGCGUGGAGCCAACAAGAAAAAUCCCAUAUAAACCUUUGUUGGAUGAGGCGAUCAGAUUAAGUCAUCAUAAACCACACAAGUGUAUCAUAUACAACAGGGUUGGCUUAGAAACGGCCACAUUGAAGCCAGGGUUGGAUUUAGAUUACGAGGAUGAAAUGGCAACUGUUCAUCCGCAUGACUGUGUUCCUGUGCCAGCGAUGCACCCACUCUAUCUCCUGUAUACCUCCGGCACCACCGGUAUACCCAAGGCCGUCGUCCGUCCGUCCGGUGGUCAUGCUGUUGUGCUUAACUGGUCAAUGUGGAACCUUUAUGGCCUGAAACCAAGAGAGGUUUGGUGGGCAGCAUCAGAUUUAGGUUGGGUUGUUGGUCAUUCCUACAUCACCUAUGGUCCCCUACUCGGAUGUAACCCAACGGUGAUGUUUGAGGGUAAACCAGUCGGAACCCCGGACCCAGGCACGUUCUUCCGAGUGAUCAGUGAGCACAAUGUGUCAGCUCUGUUUGUUGCCCCGACGGCCCUGCGAGCGAUCAGACGUGAGGAUCCAAGCUGUGAAUACGCCAAGCAGUUUGGUUGGCCCAAUGAUCACAGCACUGUGACGGCCUCUGGUCCGGAGCAAUUCAGGUACCUUUAUGUAGCGGGUGAGCACUGUGACCAUGAGACGAUGGACUGGGCCAAGGCCGUCUUUAACACACCUGUGCUCGACAAUUGGUGGCAGACAGAGACUGGUUCUGCGAUCACUGCCACGUGUGUCGGACUGGGCAAUGACCUGUUUCCAAUCUCGGGUGUCUCGGGCAAGCCGGUGCCUGGUUGGGAUGUAAAGGUUUUAAAGAAGGACAUGACAGAAGCACGACCUGGUGAACUAGGAAGUAUAGUGGUGAAGCAACCUCUCCCCCCAGGGUCUCUCUCAACACUGUGGAAUAAUGAUGAGAGAUUUGAACACCUCUACUUUGAGAACUUUCCUGGUUACUAUGACACGAUGGAUGCCGGCACCGUUGACAGCAAUGGCUAUAUCUCCGUCAUGUCUCGUGCUGAUGAUGUCAUAAACGUAGCUGGUCAUCGUCUGUCGACGGGAGCACUGGAAGAAGCCAUCUUGGAACACAAUGAUUUGGCGGAGUGUGCUGUCGUUGGUAUACCAGAUAAACUCAAGGGACAUGUUCCACUUGGGCUGUGCGUCAUCAAACAAGGAGUCGACAAGCCACAUGACCAACUGAUUAAGGAGCUGAUUCAGAUCGUAAGAGAUAACAUCGGCCCGGUCGCCAGCUUCAAAGUUGCCGCCAUCGUCAAGAAGAUCCCAAAGACGCGGUCAGGAAAGAUACCAAGAAAUACAAUCGCUGCCAUGGCUGCUGGGCAGGAAUUUCAGAUUCCUGUCACGAUUGAAGAUGCCAGCGUUUACACCGACAUAAAGCGUGCUUUAUCUGAGCUCGGAUUCAAUCCAUCAGAUCCCGGAGAAAAACCAAAAACAAGUUGAAGAGGUCAUAAUCGGGGAUAAGAAGGGUGUUGAUGUUCUUGUUCAGAAAGGAUGGAUUUUGCAUUUUUGUACUGCGAGCAUUACAGUUCAGAAAGGUGUGUCCACUGAGACAUUUUUAGCUCUAUGAACAAUACUGGGCGUGUUGCUUUUCCUUUUUAUAAAGAUAUAGCAUUGGUGCUGGUGUCGCAGGUGAUGUUUAGCCAUGACAGAUGUAAACUAUGCAAAGUAUUAGCUCAUCAAUGUCUGACACCAGUUCAGCAAGUUAAUUCUGAGAUGAUUUCAGGUUUUGCUAAUUUUAUAUUCUGCCAUUGCAGAUCUUGAUGAAUGAAGACAAAGCUUCCAAAUACAAACGUUAUAUACAUGUAUAAAUAUUUUUGAUGACUGAGAUUUCGGAUUUUGCGAGAAUGCUAACCCAAGUUAAUGGUCAUCAUCUGUGUCCUUGUUUUGUACAAAUUGCAAUCUUUUUGCAUGUCAGUUCUUCAAUGCACUAAAACAAUGUACAUUGAAUGUUUACUUACAAUUUUGGGCUGAAAAUGUUGCUUUACCACAUGCGCCCAACAUCAAGUCUCUGACGACAUGCACAGCACCUUUCAAUAGCAACAUUUUGGCCUAAUGACAAACAGGCAUAUUCUGUGAUAAUUUUUUGAGUGUGUUGAAGAAUUGGGGUGCAAAAAUAAUACCGGAGAGAUAUUAUUGGUCAAUUUGGCCAAAAUGUUUUAUCACAGAAAAUAAGAUUGUAGACGCCUUUUAAAGCAGAGCUACCAUUGACAAAGAUUCUCUUUGUGUAUAUAUAUAUAUAUAUUGCUUCUUUUUUUUAAAAGAAAAUCUACAAAUUGUGUGCAUAUUUUGAAUAUUUCAAACGUGUAUAAAAGGAAUUUGCUCAAACUGGCUUUUUAGUUAGUUGUGGUGGAGUUAUUAGGCAGCUCAGCCAGGAGAACAGGUAUGCUUGUUGUAUUAUUAUACUCUGUCAUCCUAAACAGUGUCCACAAACGUUUAUUAUUAAAGAAUGAAAUUUUAAUGGUCUAUUACUUAAUCAUCAUGCAAUUUUGCAUAUUUCUUAGCAGUUUUAUGUUUUUUUGGUGAGAACUAAGAGUGUAGUUGUAAGUUGUAAGUUGUAGGUUCUCUCAUUUUCCUCCAAGUUGAAUCCAAGACGACCACUUUUAGUCUGGUGAACACUUGUUAUUUAGGCAAAAAUUCCUUUUUCUUAUAAAAUUUUCUUGAAGUUUGAAAAAUUGCCGCUAAUUUUGCUGCUGACCACAAAAUUUCAUUUUUGAUGACUUUUGGUCGCUAGUGGAAUAAGUAGCGGUAUUUGUUGAGUUUCAUGCUUGUUGCUUCGAGUUUGGCACUUGCAAUCAUAGUCUAAAGGCAUUUUGAAAUAUCCAUAUGUACAGAAAGACAAGCUUCUUUGUCCCUUCAAAAUCUUGAAAUUGAACUUGAAUUUGAAAUUCCCAUUUUGUUAAAAUGUAUUGAAUGUGUAAAUUUCAACAAUGUUAAAAUGUAUUAUCAGAUUUCUUCUGCAUGUAUCAAUUCAUAUUAUCUUGAAGAGAUCUUGAACAUAAGUUUGUUACAUCAUUUGAACUGUCUUCCUUUUGUGAUAAGCUCGAGUAUGUGAACUGAGACCUAAAGUGUACUUUUGAAUAUUUUCACAUGAUUUUACACAUGAUGCAAUAGUAAUUGUUAAUAAUAAUCAUAUUACUUAAUAAUAGAGUUUUUAAAUUGGC